AUGGAAAAUUAGAAGGACCGAAUUGGCUUUUGCUUGACAGCCUGUUUACAGCUGUAAACCAAUCCUUCUCUCUAAAAACUCUUCCUUCUUCGCUUCUUCUUCUUCUUCUUCUUCUUCAUCUCCAUCUCUAACGUCCGUACUUUCUUCUACAAACAGUAAUUGCCUUUGCAGUGUGAUUAAUUUCUGUUCGAGGUUAUUGUGAUGUUAAUGGGGUUUCUUCUUAGUUGAAGUGUAGAGGGGGGUGUCCAUGGAUCCGUGUCCUUUUGUGCGUCUAACCGUCGGGAAUCUUGCUCUUAAGGUUCCGGUAGCGUCUAAACCUGCUCGUUCGGUUGUUCAUCCUUCUUCGUCUCCUUGUUUUUGUAAAAUCAAGUUUAAGAAACUGCCGGUUCAAACGGCGGUGGUACCGUUUAUUCAGGCGGGGAAUCAGUUUUCGGACGGUCAAGUUCAGUCGACGGCGGCUACUUUUCAUCUCAGUAAGUUUGAUCUCGACAAGCUAGCCGGAAAAUCUUUAUUCGGUUCGAAACCAUGCCUCAAAAUUUCUAUAUACAGUGGGAGGAGAGGUACGACCUGCGGCAUCGAUUCUGGGAGGCUCUUGGGUAGAGUGUCUGUACCUUUGGAUCUGACGGGAACUGAAUCAAAGGCAACUGUGUUUCACAAUGGAUGGAUUUCGGUGGGUAAAGACUCCAAGGAUUCUUGUGCGCAAUUCCAUUUGAAUGUGAAAGCCGAACCCGACCCGAGAUUCGUGUUUCAGUUCGACGGCGAGCCAGAAUGUAGUCCACAAGUGUUUCAGAUUCAGGGUAACAUCAGACAACCCGUUUUCACCUGCAAGUUCAGCUUUAGAACUGGCGACCGGACUCAAAGAUCCAGAUCAUUGCCUACAGAAUCUUCAAGGUGGUGGCUUAGCUCGUUUGGAAGCGAAAGGGAGCGACCAGGAAAGGAGCGGAAGGGUUGGUCAAUCACCAUCCACGACCUUUCCGGCUCACCCGUUGCCGCCGCCUCAAUGGUCACACCCUUUGUUGCAUCCCCAGGUUCCGACCGAGUCAGCCGGUCCAACCCCGGUUCAUGGUUGAUCCUUCGACCCGGAGACGACACAUGGAAACCAUGGGGCCGGUUGGAGGCGUGGCGGGAGCGCGGUGGAUCAGACGGUUUAGGAUACCGGUUCGAGCUAAUUCCAGACACGAACGGUGGGAUGAGCGCGGCAGGGAUUGUACUGGCGGAGUCAGCUCUGAACAUAAACAAAGGCGGAAAAUUCUUGAUUGACUUAGGUGGAAGCUCGAACGGGAGGUCGACGCCGGUGAACCCAAUGUCGCCGGCGUGCAGCCCGAGAAGCAGUGGGGAUUAUGGGUACGGACUGUGGCCAUAUUGCGUGUAUAGAGGGUUUGUAAUGGGAGCUAGCGUUGAAGGGGAAGGGAAAUGCAGCAAACCAAGAGUCGAGGUUGGAGUGCAGCACGUGAACUGCACGGAAGACGUGGCUGCAUUUGUGGCAUUAGCAGCGGCCAUUGAUCUUAGCAUUGACGCUUGCAGGCUUUUCUCACACAAACUCAGGAAGGAACUUUGUCAGCCAUUGGAUCUUCUCACUUGAGAUUAUUCCCUUUAGUUUCUUCUUCUUUUUUUAAUGCGUUUGGGUUUUUUGAGUGGCGCAAUUUGUCGAUGAAUUUUUUAUUCCAUCGUCUUUGAGGGAUUUGGGUUUUUGCUAACUAAAGUAUUGUACAGUUUGCGAGAGAGAAGAAAGAGAGUAGAGGCAGAGACACAGCACUUUUGUUUUUUUUGGUUCUUUUUUUUCCUUUUUCUGAAUAGUUGGUGUGACAUUUGUCUGAUUUCCAUCUUUUUAUUAAAUGGGUUUGGUGAGGAAUAGAAAAAAGGUUGGUUUUUGAA